GGGGCCUUUAUCGUUUCCAUUUCGAUGCGAACACGCGAAAUAUUCAGUCAAAUUUCUAACUCCGACCGAGUAAGUUUUAUUUGAUAACCAUCUGGCGAAUACCGGGAACUGCAAAUCAGCCGCGUCUUAAAACUAGCCACGAAUUUGCGAAACAUUUAAAAUUGGAACGAACACGGCCAAAGGGAAAAUACAGUCAAACAAAUAAUAUGCGUAACCAGGGAAAUUCGAGAAUCUAUCUUCCUCAAAAGUCACGGCCUGAUAGUGUAUUUACACGGAUCGAACCGAAUACGAAAUUUUUAGACGGGCAUGACGUGGAAGGCGUCCAUCUGUUGACAGAUUUCGACCAAGUGCGAGAGCUCCAGGUGCGUUUAGGUCGCUUUUCUAAAGGACCCGAAGACUUUUUCCCAGUAAAUUGGCCCGUCUCACUAACGACGGAAAACAUUGACAAGCUCAAGUCCGGCCCGUAUGUCGUGGCUCCUAAACCGAGCGGAACGCGUUUCCUUUUUUACGUCGAUUCUGACGGCGGAAUGUUUUUGGAAAACAUGACACAGCACAUCUUCCGCGUAGAUGAAGGUCAUGCCGUCAAGAUGGUAUCAUCCGAUGGUCGACCCGUCACUGACACUCUCCUGGACGGCGUUUUGUGUAAAGAGAAACUUAAUCAUGAUGACAACUGCAAUGGCGGAGAGGAGAAUCCGAAGAAGUUGACCUUUGUAAUUCGGGAUGCAAUCCGGUGCAAUGGAGAGGAUCUAAAAGACAGGAACAUUGUCGAACGUAUUAAUUUCGUAAAGGAAAAGAUCAUUAAUCAACGAGAGGGGUCUGCCCAAAAUGAGGUGUUCACCCUAGAUAUAGUUGAAUACCUGGAAGCUAAUGAAGCCAAGAGUUAUUUGUGCCCUGAAUUCGAAGAGAGCUACAAGUAUCCAAUUCGCUCGUUCGUCUUUUUCCCACUGAAGAAUUACUCCUGUUAUACUGACUACGACGUCUUGCAAUGGGCGGAAAACGACGAUCAACAAUGCAGUUUUCGUCUGAUGAUUCCAAAAGGGAUUCAAGAGCCGAAAGAAGCCGAGCUAUUUAUGUUUGGCCGUAGCUGUGCAGAAAUUAAAUGGGAUGAAACAAUUCCGCUCACGGAUGAGAUUCGAAACCUAGACGGCUGCAUUGUAGAUUGUCGCUAUGUAGAUCAACGUUGGAUGUUUGUCAAACAACGUUUCGACCGAAACAUUCCUAAUGGAAAGAGGGCAUUAGAAGGAAAACUACAUGCCUUAAAACACCCAGUAUCGCGCGAUUUACUCUUGGCAACUUUGGAAAACUAGGCGCGAUUUCAUUGAAAUGAUCACAGAAAUAAUGUUUAAUUAAUCAUUCAAUAAGGGAUUAGAUGAAAUUAGUCAGGAAAUCUGUUGGAUUUGUAACCCAGAAUACGAGUAGUAUUUUUUAAGGGUCUUUUAAGCAAACCCAGAAUACAUUUUUCAACUGUUCACA